AUGUAAUAUUCAUUAUUUUAAAUUCAAACUGAUUUAAAGAUUAUAAUGGGAUGCACAGUAUAGAAAUAAAAGAAUAAGAAACCAACUCUUGGAUUAUCAGUAUUUAUAUUUUUAAAUAAAGCUUAGAUCUAAGAAACAGAAAUACAUUGUAAAGAAUAGUUGUAAACUCCAGAUACAUUGGAUAUGUCGAGUCCUCGAUAACAAAAUAUAAUAGUAUUAAAGAAACUUCUUGCUUCUUCAAGUUUGAAUGUUGACCAAAUCAUUAAACCCCCUUUGAAAAAGAGCUCAUAUUCUAAUUUGAGCAGAAGUAGAAGGUCAUGA